AUGACAUUGUUGCUCUGCACUUUUGUUGAUGGCCGACUCUUUUGUUAUAUUCGUUGGUUCACUCUAUUCUUAUUUCCGUUAUCUUCUUCUUCUUCUUCUUCUCCUCCUCCUCCUCCUCCUUCUUCUUCUUCUUCUUCUUCUUCUUCUUCUUCUUCUUCUUCUUCUUCUUCUUCUUCUUCUUCUUCACUUAGUUUAUCCAAUUAUUCUUUUCGUUGUUCCCACCAUCAGUUUUUAUUUCACGUCUUUGAUAUCAGUAAUUCCCUGGUGCUUUUUCGCCUCCUUGAUACCACAAAUCGCCCAACGUUAUUUUUUAAUUUCCUCGCUAUCCCAAAUACACUGAGGCGUUCAAUCCAUUAUCCAGAUGACAGGAAUUCACCGGUGAUAUCUUUCGCAUUCUUUGAUAUCCAAAAUUCACUGGGUCUUUCUUACUAUUUCCUUGGUAUCUCAAAUAGACUGUUAAGCUUCUUUCAUAUCAUUGAUGCCAUAAAUCUCUAUGUGCUUUCUUUUCAUUUGCUUGAUAUCCAACAUUUCCUCGUGCUUUAUCACCAUUUCCUUGAUAUAUUUUAUUUCUCGAGGCCUUCUUUCGAUUUCCUUGAUAUCUCAAAUUCUCUGAUGCGUUAUGUUGAUUAUUAUAUACCAUUCCUUCUAGAUUUAUUUCCACCUCCUACGUAA